AAGAAGAAGAAGAAGAUCACCUAGAUGCCCUACUGGAGGAGCCGUCAGUUCGCCAUACGCCACAAAAAAACAACAAAAACAAAAAUGGAGAGCAAAUGGGAUGAGAUCUACAACCUUGUGUCUGAAGGUUCCUAUCCACCUACAAGUACCAGAGGGCAAAGGCAAACGCUGAGAAAAUUUGCCUCUAAAUUCACCAUCCAUGCUGGACACCUAUUCUUUGGAGCCUCACCUCACAGACGGGCCAUAAAGUCUAGAGAGGAGGCCUGGAGCCUUUUCAAGGAGUUUCAUGCUUCACCCACAGGAAAACACACUGGUAUUGUGAAAACCCGCAUUUCCAUGUGCUCUCGAUUUUUUUGGCCUGGUAUGACAUCAGACAUACAGAAAUGGGUGUCUGAAUGUGAGCAGUGCCAGAGAUUCGGGCCUCCAAUGGAGGUCAUUCAGACGCUGGAUUGCAUCAAGAUGCACGUCUCAAUCUUUGAUCUUAACACAAAGAUUGCUUUGGAAGAAUGCAACACAUGCUGUAAUAAACUUUUCCACUGCCCCAUUUGCCCCAACUUCGAACCCACUGUUAAGGAAAGGAUCGAGAAACACAUGAGCCACCAUAUUAGUCAUGGUUUACCUUACAAAGACAAAAUUUUACUCCGAUGCAGCCUUCAGUGUAGACCACAGGGACAUUUCCACUGCCCGCUUUGUUCUCGGACAGUUAUGCGCCGUUUGGACAUGAAGAAGCAUUUGCUGAUAUGUCAGGGGGUUAAUGAAGGAGCACCAAUCCCAGAGUCAUGUCUGGAACCCGCCUCACCUCCAAAGGACCCGCUCAUUGAGCUACUUUCUUCACCCUCUUUGAGGCCUCUCUUGGAAGCCGCCCCCCCUUCCAAGAAGCCUCACCUUCAUGAUGCCCCACCCUCCAAGAAGACAGUCCCAUCGGAGCCUGAGCUCUCAGUGAAGCCUGUUCUGACAGAAGCCUCACCAGAUUCAGCUUUUGAUCCGCAGCCCUCUACGUCUAAAGAAGAACAUUCCUAUUCUCAACCCUCUUCUCCUGAUGUAACCAUGGCUUAUGGGAAUGCAAUGAAAUGUCCGCACUGUAAUAAUAAUAUUUACUUAUUCAUGUUUAACAAACCUCCCUCUUUUAAAGUAAAUAACUGAAAAUGACUCAGUUGAUGUUAACUUAAUAGUAAAAAAUCAACGGAGGGAUCAUAAGCGUCUUCCUUAUUGUUGUGCCACAGGUUGGCUUGUAAUGUGCAGGGUCUUUGUUUGACCCACUGUGGGUUUAUAAUUUUCUUCCCCCCCUUUUUUUAUGAUUUCUCAUUUUGUUUAAAAGUUUUAAACACACAUGCUUUUUUGACAGAAUUCUCCAAUUGUUUUUCUAGUUCUUAUGUGUCUGUAACUAUAUGUCAGAAUACAAGGAAAUUGUUCCAACACCAGCAUUAUUUUUCCAUCUGUGUUAAAAAGAAAUUUGAGUCAUUUAUUACAUGAUAAUAGCUGACAAGAAUCUAUUGCACUGUUUUAUUAAAACAAAAAUGAAAACAUGGCGUAAACAGAUGAUUUUCAGCUGUCAAAAGUUCAGGGCCAGAUGUUUUUAUCAAUGUCAU